AUGAGCUCCAACGGCAUCACCAACGCCACCAUUGCGCAGAAGGCCGGCAUCCGCCGCCCCAACCAAUUCCUGUGCCUCACUCCCGUGCAGAGCGCGAGCUACCCCAAGGCGCCUCCCAAGUCGCCCGAGAUGGUCCCUUCGUCGAUCCCGAACUCGAUCCUCGAGGUGGCGCCCAUGUCGCCUCCCCUCUCGCCCACCGACAGCGAGCUGAAGCCUGUGCCGUCCUACGCCCACCGCAAGAGCAGCGUCUCCUCCAUCGGCGGCGAGAAGCAGCGGUUCCUGAAGAUGAGCCCCGUCUUCUGGGGCGGCAUCCCCGGUGAGGAUGACUUCGCCAUCGAGGACUAA